AUGAAUACAAAUGAAUGGAGCACUAUUGAUAAUACCCAUUAUGGGAAACAAAAAAUUAGUAACAUGCUAUGGAGUAAUGAUGAUAUAUUAAAGGACAAUGUAGUUUGUUCAGGUUAUUUAGGGUUAAUAGCUGUUUUAUUAAAUAAAGACAAAUUAGAUAAUUAUAAAAAAGAAGAUAAUUUAAAAAUUUAUAGUAAUAUUGGUAGACUCAUAUCAAGUUGUCGAUUAAAUUAUGAUGGGUUAAUAUGUUUUGGAUGGAAUAAAAAUAACGAAUUAGUAUUAUUAUUUAAAGAUAACAUUGUAAGAGUAUAUUCUUGUUUUUGUGAAAAAAUUUUUGUUUUUUCAUUAGACGAAAAUAUAAAAAAUGAAGGAAUUUCAUAUGGUCGUAUUUGUGAAGAUGGUAUUAUUAUAAUUACAGAAAAAUUAAACAUAUAUGUGAAUUAUGGAUUUAGUGGUACUAACUGUAUUAAAUAUCCUAAUGUGGAAUUAAAAGGAAAACCAUUUUGUGUUUCGCAUAUUGAUGAAGAUCAAUUAAAUGAUGAAUUAAAUAUUGAACAAAAUUAUUUUGAUACCAAACCUAAUAAUGAUAUAUUACGAUUAAAUAUAAAAAAUUACAUUACAAAUACUUUUGAAAAAAAAGAAAGUCCUACACAAAAUUUGAAUUCGAAAAAUAAUGUACUUAUCGAAAGUAAAGAAAAUUACAACAUUAAAUGGCAACAACUGGAACACAAUCAAAUCAACGAACAAAAUGAAAAAAAAAAAAAAAACACAACAAAGAAUAAUAUUAAUUAUAAUGAUGAGGAUAAUGACAAUUAUUAUUUUAACAAUAAAAGGCACAAAAGAAUUUUAAUCAAAACUACUGCAUAUGAUUUAAAUAAUAAAACGGAUGUGGAUGCAGUUGAAAAAAUAAAAACAAAAGAUAAACAAAAUAAGGGAAAAAAUGACAAAAAUGACACAAAUGACACAAAUGAGAACAAAAAUAAGAGCAAAAAUAAGGAUAACAAUAAGGGUAAUAAUAAAGAAUUAAAUAUACAUUUAAUAAUAACAUUGUGUAAUGGUGGUUUUGUAUUAGUCAAUAAAUAUCAUUAUAAAUAUUAUGAUAUGGAUUGUUCACAUCCAUAUAUAAAUAUGUCUAUAUCAAAAUCAGGAACGAUUUUAGCAUUUCUGGCAGAUAAUGGAAUAAUAAAAAUUUAUUUAAUUAAUAAUUUAAACAAAUGUAUUGAAGAAACAGUUUUAGAUAAUAAAAAAACAAUUAAACAAAUUGUAUGGUGUGGUGAUGAUUGUCUAGCUGUUUAUAUACCCAUGAUCACUCCUUCCAAUUAUAUACAACAUAUGUUAUUUAUUGGUGGUCCCCAAAAUCAAUGGAUACCUUAUCAAUAUCGACAUGAUUUAUUUUUAAUUGGAGAUUUAUAUGGAGUCAAAAUUAUAAGUAAAGAACAUUUUGAAUAUAUUAGUAGAAUUAGGAAAUCUACAUUUAAUAUUUUUAGUAUUGGAAGUUGUACACCUUCUGCUAUGUUAUUUUAUUCAUAUGAAAAAUAUAAAAAUGGAAAUAUAUGUCUCGAUGAUGAAAUAAGAGCAUUUAAUAAUAAUUUAGAUAUUGCCAUUGAAGAAUGCCUAAAUGCCGCAACUCAUGAAUAUGAUGAUAAUAUCAUAAACUUAUUAUUAGAAACAUGUUUAUUUGGAAAAAACUUUAUGAAAACAAACCAUGAUUCUAAAAAAUAUUUAUUGUGUUGUUUAUUUUUAAGGAUAUGUAUGAACGUUAGAAAACCUCCACUCGAUAUUUUCAUUACUGCUGCAGAACUUCAAUAUAUUACUAUACCAACAUUUGUUCAUUAUUUAGCUAAAAGAAAAGAAUAUUUUUUAGCAUAUCGAAUAUGUGAAUAUGCUGGUAUUAAAACUGAUAAUAUAUUAAUUGAAUGGUGUAAAGAAAAAAUAGAAAAAUCAAUUGAAUUAACAGAUGAACAGUUAUGUAGUGCUAUAACGGAAAAAAUUGGAAAUAAGAAAAAUAUGGAUUAUUCUUUUAUUGCCUUUAUGGCAGCUAAAUGUUUAAGACCACAGUUAGCUACUGUAAUAAUACAGUAUGAAGAAAAUAAAAAGAAACAAAUUGACAUGUUACUUAAAUUGGCUAAUUAUAGAUUAGCUAUUGAAAAGGCUAUUCUUUCGAAAGAUAUCGAAUUGGUAUAUAUGUGUAUUGUUAAUAUUUUAAAUCAAGAAAAGUUAAAUGCAAAUGGUGAGAAGGAAUUAACCACCUUAUUGAAUGUCCUGAAUAAUAAUAGUAUAAAUAAUAUGAAUACUUUGAAUAAUAAUAAUAAUAUUAAUAAUAAUAAUAGUAGUAGUAGCAGUAGUAAUAUUAGUAUGCUUGCAUCAAAUUGCUUUUAUGUUUACUGCAAAAAAACCAAACAAUAUAAUUUACUUAAAGAAUUUUAUGAAAAAAAUGGACAACAUUCUCAAGCUGCUUUUGUAACACUUGAUUUAGCAUUUUCCAAAAAAAACACAGAACAAAAAAAAACAUGGCUAGCAUAUUCAGCUGGUUUUUUAACUACUGAUCAAAUGAAUAGUCAUAUAAAAUUUGUUCAUACCUCCAUUAUGAACAAUAUCGAUUUAUUAAAUUAUCAAAAAGAAUUAGAAAUGAAAUAUAAUAAAAAAUUAGUUGCAGGUUACCCACAUAAAAUUCAGGGAUUAUCAUUAAUGAAGACAGUUGAAUAUACUUUAUCAAUAGGUGAAUUUCUAGAUGCCGAUAAUAUUUUCAAAAAGUUUAAAAUUUCAGAACCCAAGUUUUGGAGAUGUAAAAUACAUACAUUAGCUAAAAAUAAAUAUUUUGAUGAAUUAUAUAAUUUUGCUAAUUAUAGAGUAUCACCAAUAGGAAUGGAUUAUUUUAUUGAAUGUGUUCAUGAAUAUGGUUCUAAACAAUUAACUGUUAAAUUGAUUGAAAAAAAUAAAGAUUUAAAUUCACAGUAUAAAUGGUAUACAAAAUUAAAUAUGAAAAAAGAAGCUGAAGAAGUAUUAAAACAAAUGAAUUCCCAAAAAAUAACAAGUUCUAUAUUUCAAACAAUUACGGAUGCCAUAUCAAAUAUAAGAUAA